AUGGAAAAAGUGUUGCGAGCCAAGUCAUGUAACUGUUUCAAAUCUGUUGUUGCAUUAGCUUUGUGUGUAGGAGGAAUUCAUUUCAGUCUUGUGUUCAUACUCUUCACUCUCUUCUUCCUUCCUCUCUCAAAAUCACUUUUGAUUUUCGCUUUGAUCACAGUGUUUAUGGUCAUUCCUGUGAGCAAGAACAGUUUCCUAGCCCAAAAAUUAUCCAGAUUCAUAUGCAAACAUGUUUGCAGUUAUUUUCCUAUCACCCUUCACUUAGAGGAUGCAGAAGCUUUCCAUCGUGACCAAUCUUAUGUUUUUGGCUACGAGCCACAUUCAGUUUUUCCAUUCGGCAUCUUUGUACUUCUUGACAACAUAGGCUUCAUGCCUAUUUCAAAAAUAAGAUUUCUUGUUAGCAGCGCAUCUUUUUAUAUACCAUUUUUGGGGCAAGUAUGGACAUGGUUGGGAUUUACAUCAGUGGCGAAGAAAAACUUAAUUUCUUUGUUGGCUUCUGGCCAUAGUUGCAUUAUAGUACCCGGUGGAAAUCGAGAAACUCUUUUUAUGGAGCAUGGUUCUGAGAAUGUAUUUCUGAAAGAAAGAAGAGGAUUUGUUCGAAUAGCAAUGGAGAUAGGUCACCCUCUUGUUCCAGUUUUCUGCUUUGGUCUGACAAAUACCUAUAAGUGGUGGAAAAUUCCGGGUAAAUUAGUUCAGAAUCUAACAAGGUUUAUCAAAAUUAAUCCAAUAAUAUUCUGGGAAAUGUUUAGAUCUCCUAUACCAUUCAAGAAUCCGUUGUAUGUGGUGGUGAGUAGACCUAUUCAUGUUAACAAGAAUCCAAAACCAACAACAGACCAGGUUGCCAAAGUACAUAGUGAAUUUCUUGAAGCACUUCAAGAUCUUUUUGAAAAACACAAGGCUAAAGCUGGAUGUACAAACCUUGAGUUGAAAAUUGUUUGAGAAAACAAAAGUUUCAUCUCAUAUAUAUUUGGAUCGGUUUAUCCAAACACAAAGAAAUAAAUGGAGUCUUGUGGGUUUGAAUUACAUAGAGACACUCAUGUACCUAUUUAUAUAUUUUCAUUUCAAUGUGUUUGUGAUUAUUUAUCUUAGUAUUGUAGUUAAGAAAAUAUCAU